GAUAUUCAUGGCUUGAUGAGAAAAGAAAAUGAUUCUAAGGUGACAGAAUUUGUCCUUCUGGGCUUAUCAUCCUCCUGGGAGCUGCAGCUAUUUCUCUUUCUAAUAUUUUUGUUUUUCUAUAUGGCUAUUAUCCUGGGAAACCUCUUAAUAGUGGUAACAGUGAGGGCUGAUGCCCAUCUGCUCCAGUCUCCUAUGUACUAUUUUUUGGGGCAUCUCUCCUUCAUUGAUUUAUGCCUCAGCUGUGUCACUGUGCCCAAGAUGUUAGGGGAUUUCCUACAACAGUGCAAGACAAUCUCUUUUUCAGGAUGCCUGGCCCAGAUAUACUUUCUCCACUUUCUGGGAGCCAGUGAAAUGUUUCUGCUGACAGUCAUGGCCUAUGAUAGGUAUGUUGCAAUAUGCAAUCCUUUGCACUACUUCACAGUCAUGAACCGCCAGCUAUGCCUUCAGUUGGUUUUGGCCUGCUGGUCUGGGGGUUUAAUCCACUCUAUCACACAGGUUCUGCUGAUCAUCUUGCUGCCUUUCUGUGGCCCCAAUGAACUAGACAACUUCUAUUGUGAUGUCCCACAGAUCAUCAAGCUGGCCUGCAUGGACACCUAUGUGAUAGAGCUAUUGAUGGUCUCCAACAGUGGCCUGCUGUCUCUUGUCUGCUUCUUAGUUCUACUAUUCUCUUAUGCUAUCAUCUUGAUCACCCUGAGAGAUCGCUUCUGCCGGGGCCAGAGCAAGGCACUCUCCACCUGUGCCUCCCACCUAACAGUGGUCAGCCUAAUCUUUGUGCCGUGUGUAUUCAUCUACUUGAGGCCUUUCUGCAGCUUCUCUGUGGAUAAGAUAAUCUCUGUGUUUUACACAGUGAUCACACCCAUGUUGAACCCACUCAUAUACACACUUAGAAAUACUGAUAUGAAGGUAGCUAUGAAGAAAUUGAGAAAAAAACAUGUGGUAUCCUGGUGCCUUGUCAAAGGAUGA